AAAAAAUUGUGUUAAGAACAUGUUUCCGACUAGAGACUUAUAUCUGCUUUCCGCAAAUCCCCCUGUCAACAUCACGAAGAACACGUAUAUCCUGACGGGUUGCUUCAUCAUGAUAGCCAUCGUUCAAUGGUAUGCUGUACAGUCCUAUUUUCAUAAUGACUUCAUCAGGUGGAGUACUCCAAUGAUGAUGAUUGCCUUCCUAAUGGUCACUAUAUUUCAUACUUGGCCAUCAUUGCGUCACGGAUUUCCCUUCAAUCUUAUCUUUGUGAUUGCCACACUGGAGAUGAUGAUUCUCGGAGCAGGAUUAAUGUGUGCCAAUCUGGAGCGUGAAGUGUUGUUAUCAGUAAUUGCGGCGAGUGCAUUUUAUCUACUACUAAUGAUUCUAAUCGGCAUUAUUUUGCAAGAGAAUAUGGAUGCGAAUCCCUUUUGCUUUCUAACUUCAUUCUUUCUCUGCAUGAUGAUAACGAUGAUCAUCUAUCACUCGAUGGUAGUAAAAAGUGGACAAUUGCAUUUGUUUGAGGACGAUUUUAUACUGAUGGGAUUGCUCUUUUGUGUGGACUUUAUUUGCCUUUUUCUGCUGGCUGCUAUGUUCUUUCAGGACGAUGUUCAAGGAUCUGAUAAAUUCUGAUUUAAAAUUCGUAUAUCCAAAUAAAGUUAUGAAAAUG